UUCAUUAAAAAUAUCACUGGUAUUAAUGACGAUUUUCCAAAUUAUUGAAUAGAAUUUUACAUUAUAAAACAUAAUAUUUACGAUAUUUUAAAUUGAUUGAUCAAAUGAAAACGAUAAAUUUCACUUCGGGAAAAUCGUAGAAAGAAUUGGGAAAGUAUAAAAGGGUGGAAUGUAGAAAUCCCAGCUCAGUUAGCUGUUAGAGAGCGCGAAGAGAUGUUGUUUUAUUUUGUAAUUUUUGGAAUUUUAAGUUUUUCUUAUGUAAUCGGUGUAAAUGACAUGUCGGAAGAAACUUGCGAAACUCUACCUUCCGAAAUUCAUUUAACGAAAGAGGAAUACGACGAAUUGGGAAGACUUCAAAGGACAUGUAACGGCGAAAUAGCAGUCAACAAAUGUGAAGGAUCGUGUAAAAGUCAAGUACAACCAUCAGUUAUAACGCCAACCGGAUUUCUGAAGGAAUGCUAUUGCUGCAGAGAAAGUUAUCUUAGAGAAAGAAUAGUUACUUUAUCUCAUUGUUACGAUCCCGAUGGUGUAAGAUUGACGUCUGAAGGUAACAACGCUCUGGACGUCAAACUUAGAGAACCUUCCGAAUGCAAGUGUUUCAAAUGCGGCGAUUUUACUGCUAGUACGACUGAUGAAUGUCAAGUAACGCCUGUCAUACACGUUUUACAGUAUCCCGGAUGCGUACCAAAACCUAUACCUAGUUUUGCUUGUAUAGGGAGAUGUGCAUCGUAUUUACAAGUAUCCGGUAGCAAAAUUUGGCAAAUGGAAAGAUCAUGCAUGUGCUGCCAAGAAUCAGGGGAAAGAGAAGCUUCAGUUUCAUUGUUUUGUCCGAAAGCGAAGCCAGGAGAACGUAAAUUUAUAAAGGUAACCACAAAAGCUCCAUUGGACUGUAUGUGUAGACCGUGUACUGGAGUCGAAGAGAGUGCUGUUAUACCACAAGAAAUGGCGGGGUAUUCUGAUGAAACUCCUUUAUCAGGACAUUUUCUUAAAUCACAUCAAUUGUGAAAAAUCUUGACUAUUACAUUUAAUAUUGAAUAAACCGCAAAAUGUAUAUAUAGUUUCAUUAAAAAAUACAAAAACCAUCGAUUGUUUAAUUAUAUUUACGAUAACUUUACACUUAAUAUUUUUAUUUCUUGGCUUUUUGA